AUGGCCAUGGCCACCAGGCGCGUGUUCCAUCUCCGGCCGUGCGAAAGCGCCUCUUCCACCAUGUCACAGAAUGCGCACUUUGAGGAUUCAAGCUACCACAAGUGUGACAUGGAUGACACCUCCGAAGCCCAUGAGGAGAGCCUGGGGGACGAGGCCUCUGACACAGUCAACUCUUCCAUUAUAUCUGGCGAGAGCAUCCGGUUUUUUGUUAAUUUCAACCUGGAGGUGCAGCCCUCCGAGACUGGGGAGGAUGAAGCGAGGCCUGGUGGCUGUGUGCUCCUACACACCUCCCGCAAGUACAUGAAGUUAAAGAACUUCAAGGAAGAGAUCCGCGCACACCGGGACCUAGAUGGCUUCUUGGCGCAGGCCAGCAUCAUUCUCAAUGAGACAGCCACCUCGCUGGACGAUGUGCUGCGGGCCAUGCUGAGGCACUUUGCCGAGGACCCCAACAACACCGAACCUGACUGCAACUUGGACAAACUCAUGGCCCAGCUGUUCACUGAUGCUGCGGCCCCCAUGGAGGGGAAAGUCCACCUGCUGUCAGAUACCAUCCAAGGGGUCACUGCCACAGUCACGGGGGUGCAGUACCAGCAGUCGUGGCUCUGCAUCAUCUGUACCAUGAAGGCCCUGCAGAAGCGGCACGUGUGCAUCAGCCGCCUGGUUCGUCCACAGAACUGGGGGGAGAAUUCCUGUGAGGUUCGGUUUGUCAUCCUGGUGCUGUCCCCACCCAAGAUGAAAAGCACCAAGACUGCGACGGAGGUGGGGCGCACAUUUGCCACCAUGUUCUCGGACAUCACCUUCCGCCAGAAGCUCCUGGCAACCCGCACAGAGGAAGAAUUCAAGGAGGCCUUGGUGCAUCGAAGACAGCUGCUCACCAUGGUGAGCCAGUGUCCAGUGACACUGCGAACAAAAAGAUACAGCAUGACCUCCCUCUAUGCCCACAGACACCACCAGCAGGUACUCUGUCCUCUCCCCCAGCCCCUGACGUGCAAGGACUUUGUCCCUUUUGGGAAAGGCAUCCGGGAGGACAUCGCACGCAGGUUCCCCAUGUACCCAAUGGACUUCACUGACGGCAUUAUCGGGAAAAACAAGGCUGUGGGCAAGUACAUCACCACCACCCUGUUCCUCUACUUCGCCUGCCUCCUGCCCACAAUCGCUUUUGGGUCCCUCAAUGAUGAGAACACAGAUGGGGCCAUUGACGUGCAGAAGAGCAUAGCGGGGCAGAGCAUCGGAGGCCUCUUGUACGCGCUCUUCUCCGGGCAGCCGCUGGUGAUCCUGCUGACAACCGCGCCCCUCGCCCUCUACAUCCAGGUGAUCCAUGUCAUCUGUGACGACUACGACCUGGACUUCAACUCCUUCUAUGCGUGGACGGGCCUGUGGAACAGUUUCUUCCUCACUCUAUACGCCCUCUUCAACUUCAGCCUGGUCAUGAAUCUCUUCAAGAGGUCGACGGAGGAGAUCAUUGCCCUGUUCAUUUCCAUCACGUUCGUGGUGGACGCCGUCAAGGGCAUGGUCAAAAUCUUCUGGAAGUACUACUACGGUCAUUACUUUGACGACUCCUAUGUAAAAAGGACCUCAUCUGUGGCGAGCUUGUUGGGCCAUGGCACCGGCCUCAACACCAGCCAUCACACUGCCCUCAACACCAGCCUCCUGGCCAGCCCGACAGAGCUGGUGGAUCUGGGCAGCCUCGGUGCUGGGCACCUGAGCCGGGCGACAGCGGUGCUCAGUCUCCUCAUCAUGCUGGGCACACUCUGGCUGGGCUACACCCUCUACCAGUUCAAGAAGAGCCCCUACCUGCACCCCUACGUGCGCGAGAUACUGUCCGACUGCGCUCUGCCCAUCGCCGUGCUCACCUUCUCCCUCAUCAGCUCCUACGGCUUCCGGGAGAUCAAGAUGAGCCAGUUCCGCUACAACCCCAGCAAGAGCCUGUUUGGGAUCGCGCAGAUCCGCUCGCUGUCCCUGAAGGCCAUCAGCAGUGCCAUGGGCCUCGGCUUCCUGCUCUCCAUGCUCUUCUUCAUUGAGCAGAACCUGGUGGCUGCCUUGGUUAAUGCACCAGAGAACAGGCUGGUGAAGGGCACUGCCUACCACUGGGACCUCUUGCUCCUUGCCAUCAUCAACACAGGGCUGUCUCUGUUUGGGCUGCCCUGGAUCCAUGCUGCCUACCCCCACUCCCCGUUGCAUGUGCGGGCACUUGCUUUUGUGGAAGAACGUGUGGAGAACGGACACAUUUAUGAGACGAUCGUGAACGUGAGGGAGACGCGGCUGACCGCGCUGGGCGCCAGCAUUCUGGUGGGCCUCUCCCUCCUGCUGCUGCCUGUCCCCCUGCAGUGGAUCCCCAAGCCAGUGCUCUAUGGCCUCUUCCUCUAUAUUGCCCUCACCUCUCUCGACGGCAACCAGCUCUUCCAGCGUGUGGCUCUGCUGCUCAAGGAGCAGACUGCCUACCCACCCACACACUACAUCCGGAGGGUGCCCCAGAGGAAGAUCCACUACUUCACAGGCCUGCAGGUCCUGCAGCUGCUGCUGCUCUGUGCCUUUGGCAUGAGCUCCCUGCCUUACAUGAAGAUGAUCUUUCCCCUCAUCAUGAUUGCCAUGAUCCCCAUCCGCUACAUCCUGCUGCCCCGAAUCAUAGAAGCCAAAUACUUGGACAUCAUGGAUGCCGAGCACAGGCCCUGA